UCUGUCUAACAGUGACUUACAGGAGAGGAGGCAACACCUUCCUGGGGGUUUUGUGCAUCCUCCCAGCAUCUUUCCCCUGCCAAACCACCUCCAGGGUGCAUCAGAUGCCCUCCUGCGUGGGGUCUCUCUUCUCAGUGGGGAAAGGACAUUGAUUCCACAAACAAAGCCGAUCAUUGUAAAUAGGACAAUAGUCCUGGCUUCCUGUCUGUGGAGCUGGUACGGCAGGCCAGAAGAACAUCCCCAGCUGGCUGUCUAAGGGAGAGAAAGGACACUAUGGAUCACGGAGAACUGAUCAAGCUGUCUUGAAUUCCAUCAUCAGGGCUGGGCAGGAAUGCUGUCUUCAUCUGCCAGUUAUGAAGAACUCACUGACCAAGAGGAGGCGAAAGUCAGGGUGGCUGCUGACCACCGAAGAACUUCCCAUUGCACUUGUCUUGGAAAUCAAGCACUUCGAGAAGAGAAGAUGGUGCCAGUGACACAGGCUCCAAGCAUCUACUGGGAGUUCUUGUAGCUAAGGCUCAGGCCACUUUGAACUAGACCUCAGAUACAAUGGUAAACAGAACAAGGAUUAAUUCUACCUAUGGACUGGAUGCAGCUGGUGUUUCCCAGUUCCAAGAAGCCAUUGGCAUUUUCUUCAUGGUCAUGCUGAGUGUCAUUGCCUUGGUUGCCAACACAGCGGUCAUGGUUGUCAUCCUCAAGACACCUCUGCUGAGGAAGUUCAUCUUUGUCUGCCAUCUCUGCCUGGUGGAUCUCUUGUCAGCCAUUUUCGUCAUGCCUCUGGGGAUCAUUUCCAGCUCCGCCUGCUUCAACCGAGUAUUGUACAGCAUUGCUGAAUGCCAGACGCUGAUCUUCCUGAACGUCUGUUUCAUCAGUGCCUCCAUCCUCACCAUCUCCGUUAUCAGUAUAGAGCGUUAUUACUAUAUCGUCCACCCCAUGAGGUAUGAAGUCAAGAUGACUACUGGGCUAGCCAUCACUGUGGUGGCUUUCAUCUGGGUAAAGUCCAUUCUUGUGGCUGCCUUGGCAUUAGUGGGCUGGCCCCAGGAUAAUGGUGCCAGCAGUGCCAGCAAAUGUACUGUCUGCUGGAGCCCUGGAGCCCACAAGAAGGUAUUUGUGAUCAUCUUCAGCAUCCUCUGCUUCAUAGUUCCCACUGUUAUCAUCUUCGCUGUCUAUGGCAGCAUCUACAAAGUGGCCCGGAUUGCUUCCUUGCAGCACGCACCUCAGCCUGUCCCAUCUUGGACUGCCACCAUGCCCAGACAAAGAACAGACUCCAUUCACAGCCAAGUUACCAUAAUCACAACCAGGAAUGUGCCACCCAAGCUGUCACCAGAACGCUGGUUUGGGGGAAAUAAAGCUGCCUUGACCUUGGUCCUAAUUGUUGGCCAAUUUCUCUCUUGCUGGCUUCCAUUCUUCUCCUUCCAGUUAAACUGCUCUCUCACCUCUCCUGCCUCAGUUUCUAGUUAUGGUGAGAUUGUUGUGACCUGGCUUGCCUACUCCUCCUUUGCUAUCAACCCUUUUUUCUAUGGACUACUGAACCGUCAAAUCAGGGAGGAACUAGCGAAGCUGGGACGACACUGUCUCAGCAAGCCUCUGGGCCAAGAACUGUGCAUCUCCAGUCCAGAAGGUUCAAUCCAUGAGAAUUUCCUCCAGUUCCUGCAGAGGACCAGUUGUACCACAGAGACUCGUUCCAGCUACGUUAAUUCCAGCCCCAGAAACACUUUGGAUCAGACUGCAAUGGGUUUCAGAAUUCCUGGACAAAUCCCUGAAGAAACCAAUUGACAAAGGAACAGUGUGAUCAUGUCACUGCCUCCAUCUCUUCCCACCCUGUCUAACUUAAGAGGAAGAAGAGAAGAGGCAAGGUGCUGGAAGAACCGACUGAGCCUUCUUCAUGGGAGAAAUCUUCAGUAAGGAAGCAAAUGUAAUUAAAUGUGUGAGGAUCAUCCCCUCUACCCCAUUCCUAACAAUGUGAUCAGGGCCCAGUUCUUAACAUGAUCAGAUGAAUGAGACAGUGUUGUACAUAAGGGCUUUCCAGAAAACCCCUCUUCCAAAGUUCUUGUUGUUGUAAGCAUUAAUGUUCUGUUACACACCGGCCAGAACCAAUGGUGCUCUUCCUUGCCUAUCUUGUAACAAAAAGGGAGAAGAUUUAACUUUGUAGCAGAUAGACAGCCAAAUUGUUGUAUGAUUAUUUUAAGGUGUGUGUGUGUGUGUUUUAAAAAAUAAAAUAAACCAAAUCCAUUGUACAUUACAAGGCCUGAAUCCUGUUGUUAGUCUGGACUAGAGUAGACCCAUUUAAUCAAUUUAGUCAAUUGCCACUUGUUCAGCAAUUGGAUCAAUUGGUCUACUAUGGUUUUGCCUGACCAACAGGAUUCCAGUUGAGUGCUGAAGAGGGAGACAGAGCAACUCUCGAGUAGGAGCAGUGAUCACUUGAUUCAAACUCAUCAAAAUGGCACAGAUUUGGAGGGAGAGACCCAUUACAUCAAUCACAUACCUGUGUUACAAGUCUGGAGCAACCAAAUGAUCCAUGCAGUAUGUAUUAAUGUGAUAACUGAAACAGAAAGUGAAAAAUGCAUUUUUCCAGCACCUUAAUACUCUAAUACACAUGUGGUUUUUCAUUUCCCUGGUUGUUCAGGAGUUAAGUGGAAUUUUCAUGAUUGAUAUAAGGUAGGCAAUCCCUGUCUGUUCCCUUCAUACGAGUAAUAUUUCCAAGAAGUGCCCUAACACUGUGUUCUUGGAUACAGAAUCAUAGACUCAGCUGGAAGAGACCACAAGGACCAUCUAGUUCAAUGCCUUGCCUUGCAGAAAUACAUUGCUAUAACAUUCCUGACAGAUGCCCAUCCAACCUCUGUUUAAAGACCUCCAAAGAGGGAGAGUUCACUAUCCUCUGAAACAAUUUCCCACUGUUGUACAGCUCUUAUGAUCAGAAGCCAUUGUAUUUGUGAACUUGAAAGCUGUGCAUGGGAAGAGGGUGAGUGUACUAUAAAUUUUUUAGGUAUACUGAGGAUAUGUGAGAAUUCUAAUUUUUCAUGUAAGAUUAGUAAUGACUGGGAACAUGAUAAAACAGACCCUCAACAAUGAGAGCAAAAAUGUCUUUAGAGGUAAUCCGUUUUCUU